UAGGCAAUAACGGACGAUCGUUCAAAAGUAGACGCACGCCGCUGCGGAUCUUUUGCCUUCAAAAAUGGCGUGAAAGGCAAAGAUGUAAAAGUUAGACCAUGACAGGAGUGUAUGAUGGGGUCUGUGAGUGAUGGUACCGAAAAGAAAAACUUGCACAGCAAAACAGCAGAAGAACUUAAGGCAAAGAAAGAGGAAACGGCGCUAAGGUCAAGGUCGUCUAUAAAGAUAAAAGGCAGCACAGCGCUUAAACUUUUAGAAUCGCAGGGUUAUAUAGUUGGGAGGACUCUCGGCAGUGGAUCAUACGCUUCUGUAAAAAGUGCAUACGAUAUAAAAAGAAAACAUAAAGUAGCUAUAAAAAUCAUAAACAAGAAAAAGUCCUUUGACGAGUACCUCAAGAAAUUUUUGCCGCGCGAGACGCAAGCCAUGCAAACGCUUGGUCAACAUUAUGCAUUGAUUAGAUUCUAUCAACUCAUAGAAACAACAAGUAGAUUUUUCUUCAUAAUGGAACUAGCUGACAAUGGGGACCUUCUAACUGAGAUAAAAGCGAAAGAAUAUAUUAAAGAAGACCAAGCUGGUCAGUGGUUUAUUCAUUUGCACGACGGUAUAAAAUUCAUGCAUAGUAAGGGGCUUGUGCAUCGUGACAUCAAAUGCGAAAAUUUGGUACUGAACGCUAAGAACAUACUGAAAAUAACAGAUUUUGGCUUCGCAAAGAAAAUAGGUAAAGCAAAGAGCGGCGGACCCCUGUUAAGCGAAACAUUUUGUGGAAGUUAUGCGUAUGCCCCUCCUGAAAUACUGAAAGGGAUAUCAUACAAUCCGGAAAUAGCCGAUGUCUGGAGUAUGGGAGUCGUUUUAUUUACCAUGGUGUAUGGACGACUUCCAUUUGACGACAGCGACACCAAGAAAUUGCUGAAGCAGGUACAAAGUCGAGUUAUAUUUCCGGCAACACCGGAAGUCUCCGAAAUAUGCCGACUAUUGAUUUUGAAAAUAUUUGCCAAGGCUUCCGAUCGUAUUCCCUUGAAAAACUUCAAAGCGGACGCAUGGUUCAAACUGCAGAAAGAAUCGAAGAAAUUCGAGGGAGCAGACGACAGUAAAGCAGACGGAAAACAGUCAAUAGAUAUGGAUUCGAGUAAAGUGACUGUUCGAGAUAAAUGUAAUAAUGAAAAUAUGGCAAAAGAAGACACAAUUAAUAAUAAAGUACAUGACGAGCCAGCAAUUGAAAGAACAAUAUUAGACCAAUGUGAACGAAUGUCUGGCUGUGUGGACAGAACUGAAGGAAAAGAAGUCUGCAUCAAGCAAGACGACAAGGUGACUUGUCUAUCGCUUUCUGAUCUAAAAGAGCACAGCGGAAAUCUGUAAAGACAGUUUGUUGUUUUCAAUGAUUUUUGUUGAUAAAGUCAAUACAAUUAUAUGUUGAUA